AUGACGUACUCAGGAAAAUUGCUAUUCAUUGAACUAAACAUCUUAUGGAGCUUACUGCUGUCCUAUCUGUGUUCCAUUGAAAAUCAGGUUGGUUGGAUAAGCAAUGGAGUUGAGCAGAUUGAUAAUACUACUCUUUAUCAAAUAUUAUCAGUUGAAAAACAUGUUGUUGUUUACUUUUACAAUCAUGCCGAAAAACAAAAACUAAUUAAUGAACAAUUUCUUGAUAUGAUUUAUAAGAUAAAUGCAACUAGGCUUCCAGUGUCAGCAUUUACUCUGUGUGCGACUUACUUUGAAGAUGUCGUAGAAAAACUAAAUAUCUAUUCACCGUCAGUCACAUACUUUUACAAUGGUGGACAAUAUAAAUUUGAAUUUAAAGAAACAAUGAGAGUCAAUCAAUACGGUGCUAACUCAAUGUAUGAAUGGAUACGACGAAAAGUAGGCUCUCCAAUUAAACUAUUAAGAAAUUUGCAUGAAACAAAAGAGCUAAUCAGUAAAAAUAAACUGAUUGUAAUUAUGUUCAUGAAGCCGAGUGAUUUGAUUUAUUCAGGAAAUUGGGAUAUUGAAUCUUUGGGCUCUUUUCUACUUAUUGAAUCUUCCCCAUAUGUCAGUGAAUUUCAACCAAGUGAACUAACCUAUUUUGAUAGUAGUAUAAUCAGAUUUAAUGCGUAUCUAUUUCUUCUACAAUCUGAUCCAGAAUUUUCACAAGUAAUAAACACUUAUCAAAAGGCAUGUAAACUGUUUCGACCAAAGAUACGUUGUUAUUUUGUUAAUAUGGCCAAGAAGGCAAAUUUAGUUUUCGCUAAGCAGCAAGGUGUACACAUGGGUUAUGGUUAUCCUCGAUUUCACUUGGUAGCUACUUCCUUAACAAAACCAUCACUACAUUACCGUUUAAGAGGAGGUAAAUUCGAAUUCGGACAAAAGAACUUUCAUGAUCCUGACCUGAUGAAUUUGAUUAAAACUCAGGAAAUCACUACAUUUUUCAACAAACUUCUCCAACAUAAAUUAUCUCCUUUUUACAUAAGUGAAGUUAUUCCAGAGGAUUAUGAUGACUUCAGUGAAUAUGAGAAUUUAGCGCAUAUACCCGUGACUGACACGCAGAAAACGUCACCCAAUAAACUUAGAUUUGUGAGCAAAAUCGUUGGAGCAACAUUCAAGAGAUUAGCGAAGAAUUCAGAUUGGACAUCUGUUGUGUAUUUUACAGCAAAGUGGUGUAUUGGAUGUAAUCGAACAAUUUAUGAGCAUUUUACAAAAUUAGCUCAAUAUUAUCAUAAACUUGGUCGAGAAGACUUAUUAUUUGGCUAUUCUAACUACGAAAUAAAUGAAUAUGAGGGAUUAAAAGCUGCGAAAAUGCCCAGGAUCAAAAUAUUCCCUAAAGAAUCACAAGAUGAAAUUGACUUUGAUGGUGUCGAAAGCUUCAAUGAUAUAAAGGACUUCAUUGAGACCUCAGGAGUAAAAUUCAUAUCAUAUGAAGUAAACUUUUUGUCUAAUUUGAUUCAUGAAUUCCCUUUAUUUAUGAAUAACAUUUAG